AUGACACUGUAAGCCCCUCUUUCUCAGUUCUCACCUUUCAUUCUGCCCCGCGAGAUCCACCUGGCUAGAUCUCAAGAACUUGCCGGAACCCCACACGCGAGCCAGGACUGGUCGGAGUCGUAUAAUCGACUCCCUCAGACUCACCUAGUUUAUUCUUAUAACGUAUUUCCUUUAAUUGCAAACCCGUCAAGAUGAAAGCACUUUUCUUGCUCCUGAUAUCUCACAUCUUCUUAAGCCAUAUCUUCGGCGAACACAUCUUCCCUGCAAAUAUCGGUAGCACAUUUGGUGGAGGCAGCUCUCGUGAACCGAAAUACAAGAUCGAAUUUCAUUCAGAAGAAUCCCCUUAUCAUCCUGAUGAUGAUCAGGAGUCUAUUGUCAUGCCGGACAAAAAUGGACAGAAGUUCAUUUGUUACUUGCCUAGGGUUGAAAAGGAAAAAAGUGGAAAGCCUGUUAUCCAGCAAAAUGUUAGCAGCAUGAUUGUUGAAACUGAGAAAAGGGCUAAACAGAAGACACCAGACGAAUUGCUAGAAGUUUUGAAUGGUCCAUGCUUUGUCAGACAAGAAGGUUGGUGGUCAUACGAAUUUUGCUACAAAAAGAAGUUGCGACAGCUACAUUUGGAGGAUGAUAAGGUGGUCCAGGAGUUUGUAUUGGGAGUUUAUGACCCAGAGGCUACAGCUGCCUAUAACCAAAAUCUCUCUGACAUUUCUACGUUAAAGGAUCCUCGCUCAAAAGAUGCAUCUCAAAGGUAUCAUGCUCAUCAAUAUACUAAUGGAACUACCUGUGAUCUUACAAGUAAACCACGAGAGACUGAGGUGAGGUUUGUAUGCUCAGAACCCAGAGCAAUGAUAAGUUCAAUCACUGAAAUUUCCACUUGCAAAUAUGCAAUUACGAUUCAGUGCCCUACAUUAUGCAAGCACCCAUUGUUUCAAGAGGAGAGACCAGUAUGGCACACCAUUGAUUGUAAUGCUCUCCCAAAGGAUUACAAGGAUGAUGAUAAAGUUAGAGUAGAAAACAGAGACAUGGAGAUAGUUAUGGUUACAGAUUCUGAAACUAAUUAUUCAGAGUAAUCAUGUAAAAAUAAACAAUGAUAAUGGAAAAAAAGAAGGAUAAAGCAAAUUGUGUUUUGUACAGAGAGAAAAAAGGACUACUCUGCCAGAAAAUGCUUCCCUGGAAUGUCAUUAUGUGCCAGAUAUGACUGUUUCUGGCAAUGUGUCUGGCAGUAUUUCUCCUUGAUGUGCAACGAAACCCUUUUUGCAAACAGUGGAUGGAUGUGGUUUCUCUUGAUCUUAAGCUGCUCUCCCUUGAGUUGUCCUUUUUUGGCGUUAAUCGCAUAAGAAUUAUAUUAUAGGAGAGUAGUGGUCAAUUGUAACAGAAAGACGGAAAGUAAAAUAAUUUUAAUUUUGAUUAUUAAUGUUUGA